AUGCAGGAAAUCCUUGACAAGGCUGGCAAGAAGGCCUUGAGCGGCGGCCUGGCGGGCAUGGGCGCACAAGCCAUCAAUGUGUUGGCACUGAUGUGGAUGCGAACCAUCAUGAACUACCAGUACCGCUAUGGCGGCACCUUCAUGAGCGUCGCCAAGACGCUCUACGCGGAGGGCGGCGUCACCCGCUUCUACCGGGGCCUGGCCCCGGGCCUCAUCCAGGCGCCGGUGAGUCGCUUCGGGGACACCGCGGCCAACGACGGGGCGCUGGCGGCGCUGGAGCACACCACGCUGCCCACCGCGGCCAAGACCAUGUGCGCGUCGGCGGCCGCAGCCGGCUUCCGGCUCUUCCUCAUGCCCAUUGAUGCCUGGAAGACCACCAAGCAGGUGGAAGGCGAGGACGGCCUGAAGAAGCUCAUUCAGAAGACCAAGAAGCAUCCCACCGCCCUCUGGCAGGGCGGUGUGGGCGCCAUGACCGCCACCUGGGUGGGGCACUACCCGUGGUUCUACACGAACAACCAGCUUCGUGAGUCCUUGCCGCAGCUCGACUUUGCGUACGGCAAGUACGUCAGGAAUGCCUUCAUCGGCUUUUGCUCGGCCGCGGUGUCUGACACCUGCUCCAACUCCUUGCGGGUGCUGAAGACCACACGCCAGACCUCCCUGGAGCCGGUGGGCUACAUGGAGAGCGCCAAGCAGAUCAUCGACAAGGACGGCCUGGCUGGCCUCUUCGGCCGGGGGUUGAAGACGCGGAUCUUGACCAACGGCGUGCAGGGCGCGCUCUUCACUGUGGGCUGGAGGGCCAUCUCGGAGGCCCUGAACAAGCCCAAGUGA